AUGAACGGUUCGCUCGGGACUAUCGAUCGACCUUCUAAUUUAUACUUGGAGGAGGCGAGGGAGUGGGAGGAGGCGUUACGUAAGUCUCUGGCAGGUCUGCCGGGGUGCGCGCGCCGCGGGUCGAUAGUGUUCGGCCGCCUCCUCGCCGCCGCCGCCCGGGUCAGUCCCGAGCCGGCGCCCCGAGCGCAGCCCGCACGCAGCGCUAGUCGAGUCCUGUGUCCGUGUGUUGUGAUGAAGCAACACAAAAAGAAACUAAUAAGAUCAAGAGAACAUCAGAAACAGAAAGAGAGUAGCGAUGAAACUGUAAAAGAAAAUGAGGAAUGGUCUAAAUUCAAAGACCUGACUACUGGAGUCGACUCCGUUCUUAAGAAAACCCAAGGGGAUCUCGAUCGAAUAAAGUCUACUUCAUUCUUUCAACGAAUACCAGCCGGUACUAAAGAACGAGAGCCGGUCGAGAAGGAGGAGCCCAAGCGACCCGUGGUUGAAAUAACUGAAGCUGACUUUCCACAGUUAGCGGCAGCGGCAGCGGCAGCAGGCAGCCGCCAUGCUGUUGAAAGGGGAGAAGUAAAACUUGCCUACGUUCCUGAUUCACCAGAAGAAUUUCGAGAUGACGAUAUUUUUGAUACAUCACAUGUUGAUGCUUUAAUAAAAGGUCAGGAAUCAAAAACUCCUAAAGGUAAAAAAGGCGUGGACAUUGGUGUUGCUGUCGAGGUGUUAACUGGCCGAAUUGAUAAUCUUACUAUAACUUCGACGAAGAGAUCUAAACGAGUUAUACCUGGAGAUUUACUUUUAGAAAGUGUAGAUAAAGAUAACUUACCAGUUGUGACGUCAACUGUCGUCGAACCUGAAGAAAAGAGCAUUUUAGAUAUUGAUGCUGAUAUUCCAAUAACAAGUCCUAUAGAUCUCAGUGUAUCUUUGCAUACUACAUUGAUUCAACAAAAUAAGAGUAUUAGCCAAGAAGAAUUAUUUGCUUCUUGUGCUGAUGCUAAAAAUAAUACAGAAGAAGAAACAGAAGUUGAUGAAUUUACUCUAUUAGCUGCGGAAUCUUUAGAAGUAAAAACGGUUGUAAAAAAAAUUGAAGAAAGUGAAAUUAAACUAGAACCUGUUUUACAAGAAACUUGGUCAGCAUUUGAAGCAGACAAAAGCGAUACAGUUUUUGCUGAAGGAAUAGUCGAAGAUCAGCUCGACGCGGAAAUUUCCAAGAACAAGAGCAUAAAAUCUGCUUUAUUAGAAGACGACGAUGAUUUUGAUCCUCGUGCAGACGAGGUUAAGCUUAUAUUAAACAACAGAAGAAAGUCGUCUGUUCGUAUUCAUAUAACUAAUCCUUCAGGUCUACGAGAAUCUAUAACAUCGGAUGAUAUUGUAGAUAGUGGUGAUAGUCAAAUCCACCGAGACCUUUUAGGAGGAAGCACAACUGAUUUGACACAAUUAGGUGAUUCUGUUUUAGAACCAGUAGAUGUAAAUGAUAGUGAAAUCGAUCCUUUCGACACUACUAUAGUAGACAAGAUCGUUGCACCUGGUAAAGUUGAAUUAAAACUUCUAGAGGAAGAACUUAUUGGAGCUGUUUCGUCUGUACCAAUUUAUAGGGUACCUAGUGACCCCGAUUUUGAUCCAAGGGCAGACGAACCUAAAAAAUCUGAGAGAAGAGCUUCACGCCCAGAGAACCUUACAGUGAGUAAAAGUGUAGUUUUCAAUGUGGAUGGUGAGACCAUAUCAGAAUUAGAUUCUCAGGGUAAAUCUAAGCCUGUGAAACCUGUGACACCUUAUUACAAUCGGGAACUUUCUAUAACUGAAGACAUUAACGAAGACUCGGAAGUAACUGACAAACCUUCAAAAACGUUGACCCGAACGCGUUCAGAAGAGGAAUUCACUUCAAGUAUUUCUCAUCAAACUAAAAGAAGGCAUUCUGAAUUUCCUCAGCAAAAUAAAAACACAUAUAAAGCAAGCGAUCUCUUACACGAAUCCGUAAAAGAUAUCGAAGUAAAGGUGCUUACACCCACUGAAACGAAAGUUACACAAAAAACCUUAUCUAAGGAAGAUAUUGAUCCUUUUGAUACUUCAUUUGCGAUUAAUAUUGAACCAAGCAAAACAGAAUUAAAGCUAUUAGCUAAAGAAUUUUCUUGCGAAAAGUCAUCAGGUGUGGAAGGGGAAGGUGAACCUGAUUUAUUAGAACCUUCUGACGAUAUUUUUCAAGUCAAAGCACUUACUCCCGAACCAUCGGAUACGGCCCGAAUCCCUGAAGAAGAAUUUGAUCCAUUUGAUACUUCGUUUGCAAACGAUUUAAAUCCCGGAAGGACUGAAAUUAAGUUACUAGAAUCGGAAUUUUUAAAUUAA